AUGUCAGCAGAAGUGGAUGAACACAGAAAGCCACUACAACAUCAUAAAAAGAACGCUUACUCCCCCUUAUUCUCUCCAAUUUCCACAUAUAGGUACUAUCCGAAUAAUCGAACAUUCAAUAAGCGAUCUGAAUCCAGAAGAUCAGCCAGUUUCAGUGGUAUUCAUAAAAAGAAGUUCAAUUCGUCAAGAUACAAUUACCUAAACGAUCGACGUGUGUUAUCGAUGGGGGAAGAAACUAAAGAUAGCUCUGAGAACAUUAAUAGAGGCGGUCUUUUGGAAGGCCUAAAAGAGACGCUUUGGAAUUCAAGUAGAUACUUAUGGCACACGUUUGUAAAAAGGGAACCUCGUAGCGAAAAUAGCACUGAAAUUGAUAGAAAUAGUAGUAGCGAUAAUAGCGACGUUGAAGGAAAAGGUUCCAGAAGAGGUAGUUACGCACAAUAUAGUUUACGCCCGGAGUCUCCCUUAGAUAUAAGAAAACAUAAGUUCGAUACUUCGAUGUGGGUUAUGCCAAGUAAAAAAAGAAAAAUUGAACGUAAAGAUAAAUAUCUGCCUUCAAAUUCUUCAGUUAGAUCUUCAGUCUUCCGGGAAAGUAGCCGUGAUAGGGACAGUACCAUGACUUUCUCGAAAGACCCUUUUGGUUGGAAUAAGUGGAAGACAAGCACCAUUGGUUCCAGCUCAGAUAAUACCAAUUCUGGUCAAAAUAACUAUAGCAGGCCCCAGUAUGGAAGUGCUUUUAUCAGAAAAAAUAAAAUUGGCAAACAAAACAUUAAUAAUACUAAAUUAGUCUCAAGAGCCCAAUCUGAGGAAGUAAUAUAUUUACGACAGAUAUUCAACGGAGAAUAUAAAGUUCCAAAAAUAUUGGAGGAUGAAAGAGAAAAGCAGUUGAAGUUAAUGGAUUUGGAUAAGGCAAAAGAUACAGGGUUGAAAAAAUCUAUUAUUGAUUUAACUGAAAAGAUUAAGACAAUUUUAAUUGAAAAUAAUAAUAAAAAUAAAACACAGGCAAAAGAUAAAGAUGAUGAUGAUCUUAUACUUGUUAAAGAAAAUAAGGUGUCCUCUUUAGAAAGAAAACAUAAAAUAUAUCUGCAUCAAAAACUAAAAUUUGAUAGAUCAAUAUUAGAAUUUGAGAAAGAUUUCAAGAAAUAUAAUGAAAUUUUGAAUGAAAGAAAAAAGAUUCAGGAAGACUUGAAAAGGAAGAAAGAACAGCUGGUCAAAAAGAAACUUGUUCCUGAACUAAGCGAGAAAGACGACCUCCAAGUGCAGAAAAUUUUAGAAUCCAGGGAAAAUACUCAACUAAUGAAUAGAGAUAACUUGGAGAUAACUGUACGUGAUUUUAAGACUUUGGCACCAAGAAGAUGGCUAAAUGACACUAUCAUAGAAUUUUUUAUGAAAUACAUUGAGAAAUCAGCACCUAAUACAGUGGCGUUCAAUUCAUUUUUUUAUACCAAUCUAUCAGAAAGGGGAUAUCAGGGUGUUCGGAGGUGGAUGAAGAGAAAGAAGACACAAAUUGGUGAACUAGAUAAAAUAUUCACACCAAUUAAUUUAAACCAAUCUCAUUGGGCGCUAGGUAUAAUUGAUUUGAAAAAGAAAACAAUAAGCUAUGUGGAUUCAUUAGCGAAUGGCCCCAAUGCCAUGAGUUUUGCUAUAUUGACUGAUUUACAGAAAUACGUCAUAGAAGAAAGUAAGCAUACAAUAGGAGAAGAAUUCGAUUUGAUUCAUUUAGAUUGUCCACAGCAACCUAACGGCUAUGACUGCGGUAUUUAUGUCUGUAUGAAUACUCUGUACGGGAGUUCGGAUGCUCCCUUCAACUUUGAUUAUAAUGAUGCUAUUAGAAUGAGAAGAUUCAUCGCACAUUUGAUUUUAAUAGAUGCUUUAAGAUGA